AGUUUAGUCCAGAGACCGAAAAGAUAGUCAGGCUUGUAUUAUGGCUUCUUGUCCCUUCCUAAAGUACAUCAUGGGGCAGUCACUAUCGGAGCCGGUGACCACCAAGAACACGGCCGAAUGUGAGAACAGUGCCUUCCGCGUGGGCUCCAGCAGCAUGCAGGGCUGGCGCUAUGAAAUGGAGGAUGCCCACACGCACAUCCUGUCGCUGCCAGAGGAUCCCACAGCGGCCUUCUUCGGUGUCUACGAUGGCCAUGGUGGCGCUGGUGUGGCCAAAUUUGCGGGCCAGCAUCUGCAUCACUUCAUAACGAAGCGUCUGGAGUACACUGACAACAACGUGGAGGUGGCCCUGAAGCGUGGCUUCCUCGAUUUUGACAAGGAGAUGCAGCAGAAUGGAUCCUGGCAACAAAAGACUGCCGGCUCCACUGCCGUUGUGGUGCUGAUCAAGGAGCAGCGUCUGUACUGCGCCAAUGCUGGCGACUCUCGGGCCAUUGCCUGCAUUGGGGGCAAGGUGCGUGCCCUGUCCAUGGACCACAAGCCCACGGACGAGGCAGAGAGCAGCCGCAUCGUGGCCGGUGGCGGCUACGUCGAACUCAAUCGCGUCAACGGCAGCCUGGCCCUGUCGCGGGCCCUCGGCGACUUUAUGUACAAGCGGAACAUGUACAUGCGCCCAGAGGAGCAGAUCGUCACCGCCUAUCCGGACGUAGAGGUGGCCGAAAUCACCGAGGACUGGGAGUUUGUGGUCCUCGCCUGCGAUGGCAUCUGGGACGUGAUGUCCAAUCUGGAGGUGGCCGACUUUGUGCGCAAGCGCAUCGCCUCGGGCCUGUCCCCGGACUGCAUUUGCGAGGAGCUGUUGAACAGCUGCCUGGCAACCGACUCCAAUGGCACAGGCCUUGGAGGCGACAAUAUGACAGCCAUUCUGGUCUGUUUCCUACACGAUAAGAAAUACGAGGAUCUCGUGCUGCGCUGCGGCAGCAACCAGCAACACGUUGAUGGUGUGGGCGAUAUCCAUCAGAGUUCCAACGUUUUGGACGCAACCACAUCUCUAUUGAAUGAGAUCUAACAAUUACACACACAAUUGACACCCAAACACUAGGGGCUGUGGCUGGUUGGCUUAUACACAUUCACUUGAUGCAAGGGAUCACACUGUACACCCAUUUCAUUACGCGGUUGCCACACUGAUUUGAUUUUAUUCCAAAUUUCUCAGUUUGGUUAAUCAUUUAACCAGAAAUCAACACUCCAGAUGAACCGGAAAUCGCUCAUAAGAGUAGCAAAGUAAAAGCAUUUCAAUCCGCUGUCCACUAAAGUAUUCAGAAUUGUCAACACUGGGGUUUGGUAGCCUAUACAAACACUUGAUACUCACGAUCAUCCACGUAUUCAUCAUCCGCACUCUAAAUUGUCCAGUUGUUUCGUUCAAAAUUCUAUAAGUUCUUUCGUUAAAAAUCAAUAAAACUCAUUUGUGUGUUCGUUUCACAGGGAUCGUUGGAUCUCUCGUUUAAUUCGAAUAAAUGUGCAAGUUCUAUAA